GUUGUGUCUGUGGAGCCUGUGCACGAAUCCCCCCAUGGACACCUUCUAGACCUCCCCUGGCAGACAGAGCUCUGCUGUGCCUCACCCCCAGCCCAUCUUCACCAGAUGGGAGAGGGAGAGGGGUCUGCAGGGUCCAGGAGGGCACCAUCUGAUCCGGGACACCCACACACACCCCAGUGCCUCUUUAGGAACUCCACAAGCACACUAGUACCUCCCCAGGAGACAAAUCCCAGUGGAGGUCAGAGUCCUGCUCUGUUUUACUGACAUUACAUUUAGUGGGUGAUAGUUCUCUCUACUAGACCUGGGCCCAUAUUCACAAAGCAUCUUAGAGUAGCAGUGCUGAGCGAGGAUCAGUUCUGCCUUUUAAAUCACAAUGAAUAAGAGAGGGGACCUGGUCCUAGAUCAGCACUCCUACUCAGAGACGCUUUGUAUAUACCGACUGUACACACUACCGGCUUUAGACAGAGUUAUUUUCAUAUGAGGGGGUGAAUGAAUGAAUAACAUGUUCCCAUUCACAGUGGGUUUAAUUAAUCUAAGUGGAUCCUGAGAUAACGUUGGCCAGAUUCAAGGUCUAUUUUUCAGAAUAUGACUGUCCUAAUUGGGUGUGGGUUUAUUCUUUAUUUAACUAGGUUUGUGUGUGUGUGUGUGUGCUUGGGGUUGGUGAGUUCAUACACUAUAUAUACAAAAGUAUGUGGACAACCCUUCAAAUUAGUAGUUUUGGCUAUUUCAGCCACACCCGUUACUGACAGGUGUAUAAAAUCGAGCACACCGCCAUGCAAUCUCCAUAGACAAACAUUGGCAGUAGAAUGGCCUUACUGAAGAGCUCAGAGACUUUCAAUGUGGCACCGUCAUAGGAUGCCACCUUUAUUAUUUCCAACAAGUCAGUUCAUCAAAUUUCACCCCUGCUAGAGCUGCCCCGGUCAACUGUAAGUACUGUUAUUGUGAAGUGGAAACGUCUAGGAACAACAACGGCUCAGCCUCGAAGUGGUAGGCCACACAAGCUCACAGCACGGGACCGCCGAGUGCUGAAGCGUGUAGCGUGUAACAAUCGUCUGUCCUCGGUUGCAACACUCACUAUCGAGUUCUAAACUGCCUCUGGAAGCAACGUCAGCACAAUAACUGUUCGUUGGGAGCUUCAUGAAAUGGGGUUCCAUGGCCAAACAGCAGCACACAAGCCCAAGAUCACCAUGUGCAAUGCCAAGGGUCGGCUGGAGUGGCGUGAAGCUCGCCACCAUUGGACUCGGGAGCAGUGGAAACGCAUUCUCUGGAGUGAUGAAUCACGCUUCACCAUCUGGCAGUCCGACGGAUGAUUCUGGAUUUGGCGGAUGCCAGGAGAACGCUACCUGCUCCAAUGCAUAAUGCCAACUGUAAAGUUUGGUGUAUGAGGAAUAAUGUUCUGGGGCUGUUUUUCAUGGUUUGGGCUAGGCCCUUUAGUUCCAGUGAAGGGAAAUCUUAACUAUACCGCAUACAAUGACAUUCUAUAUGAUUCUGUGCUUCCAACUUUGUGGCAACAAUUUGGGGAAGGCCCUUUCCUGUUUCAGCAUGACAAUGUUCCCGUGCACAAAGCGAGGUCCAUACAGAAAUGGUUUGUUGAGAUCGGUGUGGAAGAACUUGACUGGCCUGCACAGAGCCCUGACCUCAACACCAUCGAACACCUUUGGGAUAAAUUGGAAUGCCAACUGCGAGCCAGGCCUAAUCACCCAUCAUCAGUGCCCAACCUCUCAAGUCCCCGCAGCAAUGUUCCAACAUCUAGUGGAAAGCCUUCCCAAAAUGUGGAGGCUGUUAUAGCAGAUAAGGGGGGACCAACUCCAUAUUAAUGCCCAUGAUUUUGGAAUGAGAUGUUCGACGAGCAGGUGUCCACAUACUUUUGGUCAUGGAGUGUAAAUUGGGUUUUACAGCGACCAGACAGACAGUCAGACAGACAGUGUUGAUGCAAACAUGCUAAUUGAAUCUCUCUCCAGCCACCUGUUGGGACAUCCUGUGUUGUGUUGAUGAGUCCUGGGAAAAUGUAAUAUGUGAUCUAAAGCACCGCGCCACUUCUUCAGACACCUCCACUCCUGGGUCGGUGACAAUUUGCUUGCGGCGCUUGGUGUGAGUAUCAAGUUCAAUUUAAAGUAACAGUCCAGUGUUACCAGAUUUCCAAUAAAUAUGACCUAUAAUUAAUUACAUUAUGAGUGAAAUAGUUUUCCUUCCAAAAAUGGGUAAUUAAGUAUGUUAAAAGGCAGCUUUUCUGUGAUGGAAUGGUGUGGGCGUACCCCAACAACAGAAUGGUGUGGGCGUAUACCGGUCAUUAAAAAAUAUUCAUGCGAGUAGACCGCUGAAUGGCCAGCUCAUCCUCCUCAGGAGGAUGACAUCAUCCUCUAUGAAUAAAUAGCAAGCAUUUUUGAAACGGUCAAUUUGAGAUACAAGAUGGAGGUGGGGGUUUUAAAGGUUUUUUAUUCAAUUUAUGCUUUGGUCACGAAUACGAAUAUAGGAUGAGUCAACAAUAUUACUUGGGUAUGAGUUAACAGAAUAUUAACUUUUAAAAGUGAGUUUUUCACUGAUCAGUUACUUUAACCUGCUGCUAUUGUCUAGAGUCUCUCUCUCCUCUCCCAUUCUGUUUGUUAUUCCUGUCUAGUUUUGGCCCAAAUACCUGCCUGAGGCGAUAAGAGCACAGGUGGAUGUCUGAGCUGUGUGUUUGUGUGUUUGUUUGUUUGUUUGUGUGUGUGUGUGUGUGUGUGUGUGUGUGUGUGUGUGUGUGCUAUGAGCCUAUUCAUCUCACAGAUCAGGGUUAAGCAUGUGUGUGUAAGUUAAUCUACUGGGGAGCAGGUAGCAGACCGAUUAUUGGCUGUGUGAUAACACACCAGCACCAGGAUAACUGGGAUUGCUGGCACUGUGCUAAACAGACAACAAGAACACACUACUUUUGUCACUCAAUAAGCCUUUGAUACAGUCAUACAAACGCGAUAAUCUUGUUCCAUACUCAAACAGUAUAUGAAUUGUGUUUGAUGUUUUAAUGUUUGAAUAGUUCAAUGUCAACUUGUCAUUCAAUCAAAUGUAUCAGUAGUUGUCACAAAGGCUGGGUUAACACAGGUAGCCCAAUUGUGAUAUUUUGCCAAUAAUUGGUCUUUUGGCCAAUCAGAUCAAAUCUUGUGCCUAUAAUUGGGGGAAAAGAUCAGAAUCGGGCUGCAUGUGUAAAUGCAGCCAAAGUGUUUUUACUUGUUCAUUGCUUUCAUGUGGAUUGCACCUAGCCUGGUCUCAGAUGUUUGUGCAAACAUUUCAAACAUGGCAUUACAAGGAAUUUGACAUGACAGCACAAACAGAUCUGGGUCCAGGCUAGGUUGCACCCUGACCUGUGCUUUGUCUAUGAUUUCCACACUACACUAGCCUCUUAUCUUUACUGUAUGAACAUAUAUUUAUUUAGGCUGGCAUUUGUGAUGAGAACAUGACUGCGUCCCAAAUGGCACCCUAUUCCCUAUGUAGUGCAUUACUUUAUAGGGAAUACCGUGCAUUUGGGACACAGAUCAUGUCCUCAUCUGGUUAAGUAAAUAAAUGUCUCCUGUCUAUUUCAGAUCACAGCCUGACAGAGAGGUAAACACCAUGCAUGGGACUAACAGCAUGGACUGUGUGGGAGAAGAUUCCAUCACCUGUUCUAUCGAUCUCCUCGCGGUCAGCAGUAUCGUCGUGGUAACAGUCAACGUGUCCAACACCACAGCAGGUCCCCCGGUGAUUCUCAUCGUCCCUCCGCGUCUCGGUAAGGAGUGGUAAAUACAUCUGAUCCCUCUACCCUCUUGUCUGAAGAUGAUAGAGGAUGUUAAUUGCUUUAAUGGCCAGGUGGCUUAUAUAUCUGGACCUCAUAAUCAGAGGCUAAUGGAUAUUAGUUAAAGGAAUAAUCCUGUCCCAAAAAAUGUGUUUCAUUAGUCCACUGUUGAUACAGUCCCAAAAUGUUUCGCUUGUCAGCAAUCAAGUUUUCAAGAUAUAGAACUUACAAAAAGCUAAUUGUGAUGCAUCAUCAAGUGACAAUUUGCUUUAGUUUUUGAUAGUUUUUUGUGUUGAUUAUUCCUUUAACCUUUUCACGCGUGAGUUCCAAAUAUCUCUAACGGUCGCCCCAGAGUGAGUUUUUUAAUGAGCAUGUCAGAAUGCACCCACUGUUCCAAAAUGUGAUUGUUACGCAACAGGACAGAUAACCUGCACUGCCCACAAACCAAGACACACGCUGCCUGCUAGUUAUUUAUAGGCUGUAUUUCAACUUGUCAAUUUAAAAUUAUUUUCUUAGAAGUUGUAUUUUCUAACAACAGUUUUAAUUGAUGUGUGUUCAUUAAUUCACAUAGAAGUAGCUCAUUUCAUUGUUGCAGACAAUUUAUGUUUGAGGCUUUACUGAACCGGACAAACUUCUCUCUUCGAGGAGAGCCCAAGCAUGUCUUCACCAAUGUUUCCCCAGAUCAAGUAUGCAGACAUUUGCGCAGUCUUGCACAAACUUUUUCCCUCUGGCACAUUUUCUGUCUUGCGCUCGCAUUGCCUUCAUUGUUGUUUUCCUUACAAAUAAUAACUUUGGACAUGUGUACUUCCCUAUAAAAGUAAGUGCCUUAUUUUCUGUAUAUCGUGUUGUCGUUUCUACUUUAUCAUACCGUAUGUAUGUAUGUGUGUAUGGAGCAUAAUGUAUUUACUGUUUUAUUCACGUUUUCAAGUACUGGUGACAAAUCAUGCAUUCCGAUUUUUAGAUUGUAAUGGACACAUAUGAUGUGUGUAAAAUACUUUUUGGAGGUUGUACUGAUUAUGAUCAGCUAAUGCUAAGCUAUUUGCCAGCUAUUUGUGUUGACAUUAUACAAUGCAUUAUGGGUGUCACAUAAACGUCUGUCAGACCAAAGAUAUUAUAACAAAUGAGGUGAGGGAUGAUACACUCAUCUUUCAAGUGUGAAUGAUAGUAGACGACACACCCCCUUCAACAUGCUGUCACGAUCGUUAGAGUGAGUGGACCAAGGCGCAGCGUGAUGAACGAACAUGCUUCUUUUAUUUAAUGAAUGCACGAACAACAAAACAACAAACGAUAACGUGACGUCCUAUGUGACAACCAAAAGGAAACAAACCAACUGGAACACACCGAAAGGAACAAGAUCCCACAACAAUUGUGGGAAAACAGCCUGUAUAAAUAUGGCUCCCAAUCAGAGACAACCAGCAACAGCUGACACUCGUUGCCUCUGAUUGGGAACCACUCUGGCCAACACAGAAAUACAAAACUAGACUCCCGACAUAGAACAACAACACAUAGAAUAAACACACCCUGGCUCAACAUAUAGAGUCCCAGAGCCAGGGUGUGACACAUGCAUACUGCAAACAGACCAAACUCAUGGCAGCGCACACAAACUACCCAUUGAUUUUUAGAAAGUGUUUUACUCAAUUAUUUAGAUCAAUGGUGAGCUCACCCGUGACGUGAUACAUUUUAAAUAGUAAUUUCUAUUAGCUAAUUCAUAUUAUGGUUUCUGUCAACUGAAAGUUAGCUAAAUAUGACAGCUUGUGUUAGGUCACUAUUUUCUCAGUAAGUGCUAGGACUAAUGUAGCCUACAGUUUCCGGUUUGGAUGAUUGUGUUAUGCUGUCGCCACUUCUGUGAAUAUCUGAACAUUGCAUCCAAAAAUAAACUGGUCACAUUCAGGACAUAACAUUGUAAGGACUGUGCUUGUGAAAAUUGCGUCAAUCGAUUCUGGACGUUCUAAAUAAGCGCUCUAAUCACACCAGUUUGAGCGUACACUGCAGGGACCACUGUGGAAUGAUCAUACCCCUGUGUUGGUACGCCUCCAAGGUUAAAGCGCAACUGAAGGCAAUAAAAAACGUAUCUGGUAGAAAGCGCCCUAUGUGGCAUCGAUAUUAGUCAGAAACAUUUAUUCUGGUGUCAAAAUGUACUACAAAGUGUAAAUAGGAUAAUUUUGUUCAUAAAACUGUCCAAAACAGAGUUUUGUAAGUGAAUUUGUCAUGACUUACUUGAGGGUUGGGUUUUGAUUUUGACAAUGCUCACUUGCCCACUAACACAGCAUACACAGUUGGGGUGAUUGCGCUCUAACCAAUCAUACCACAGAACACAGAGACAGUGAGACAGACCUGCCCAUCAGCACAGUGGAUCUGACUUUGUUUACAUAAGACAACACAUUGUAAAAAUAUGCACUUCAGAAAUAGUACACCCAACACCUUUGCUAUAUGUUAAAUUGCGCGACUAAAACCUGAAAUUAAUUACACAUUACUUGAGUUAUCUUAGAUUCAUUCUGACUAUUUUUAGGAAGUAAUACUGGCUUUGUUCCUAUGGUGUCUCAUGCGGGACAAACAUCAGUAACUGGCACAUCAAACCACAUCCCCAAGACUGAAAUUCAAUUUUUCUUAACGAGCAACAGAGAAACACAUGGAAUCUGUUCGUUCAGUCGCUCUUUAACUUUAUGCCAAGUACCAGCGUGCUGCCUGGCAGGCUGGCACUGUUUAUUAUGUAGGCUAACGGUAUCUAGGGAGCCAUUUGGACCAUAAUGAAACUAGGGAGUUAUUGACUAAGGGUUAAAGACCAGUGAGGAUGACCAGUGAGGAUGAUUAUUAAUGUAAUAAUAAGAGAUAUCUUUCAUAGGAAUUAUGAGAAAGUUGUAGAUAUGUUGUAGAUACAAAGACCUUUAUAUAAUCACACACAGAGUUUGCAGAAGAGGAUGCGUCUACUGACUUUAGGAGCGCAGAGCUUAUAUAAUGUGUGUACAGUGUAGUGACUGUAGUGGGCAGCUUCAGUAGGUCUUAUAGCAGCGUCCCUUUGGGAAUUCCAGGCAGGCUGAGGUUAGUGUUUACUGUGAUCCCAGAAACCAUGGUGAUGAGCUGGAGAUCUCUCCAGUGAUGGGACACACAUGCUGUGUUUGCACAAUCAGAGCUCUUUGUGGCAUUAUUGGCGAAUGGAACAUUGUUUAGAUACAUUUUUUGUAACUAUUAUCCACAUACUACAGUACAUGAAGAGGAUGCAUACACUGAGUGUACAAAAUAUUAAGAACACCUGCUCUUUCCAUGACAUAGACUGAGCAGGUGCAUCCAGGUGAAAGCUAUGUCCAUUAUUGAUUUCACUUCCACUUCAAUCAGUGUAGAUGAAGGGGAGGAGACAGGUUAAGAAGGAUUUUUAAGCCUUGAGACAAUUGAGACAUGGAUUGUGUAUGCGUGCCAUUCACAGGGUGAAUGGGCAAGACAAAAGAUUUAAGUGCCUUUAAACGGGGUAUGGUGGUAGGUGCCAGGCAUACCCGGUUUGUGUCAAGAACUGCAACGCUGCUCAACAGUUUCCCGUGUGUAUCAAGAAUGGUCCACCCCCCAAAGGACAUUCAGCCAACUUCACACAUCUGUGGGAAGCAUUGGAGUCAACAUGGGCCAGCAUCUCUGUGGAACGCAUGACACCUUGUAGAGUCCAUGCCCCGACGAAUUGAGGCUGUUCUGAAGGCAAAAGGGGGUGCAACUUAACCUUUUGACAUGUACCAACAAACGGAUGUGAUCAUUCUACAGUGGUCCCUGCAGCGGACGCUCAAGCCGGUGUGAUUAGAAUGCUUAUUUAGAACGUCCAGUCUCGAUUGACGCAACAGUCAGCAUUUGAGCUAGCCACACUGUUUUUUCACAGAAACAUUUUGCACAAACACAGUCCUUACAAAGUUAUAUCCUGAAUGUGACGAGUUAAUUCUUUUGAUGCAAUGUUCAGACAUUCACAGAAGUAGCGACAGCAUAGACAAUCAUCCAAACUGGAAAAUGUAGGCUACAUUAGUCCUAGCGCAAACUGAGGAAAGAUUGACAUAACAAAAGCGGUCAUAUUCAGAUAACUCUCGGCUGACAGAAACCACAAUAUGAAUUAAUAAUAGCAAUUACUAUUUAUAAUUCAUCACAUCAUGGGUGAGCUCACCAUUGAUCUAAAUAAUUGAGUAAAACACUUUCUAGAAAUCGAAAGUAAUCCGACGAUGGGUAGUUUGUGCUCGCUGCCAUGUUUUUUCGUGUCAACCAAAGAUAAUAAGAGGAGACAAGAUGAGUUUGGUCUGUUUGCAGUAUGCAUGUUGAAGGGGGUGUGUCGUCUACGAUCAUUCACUUCCGGAAGUUUACCCUUCACCUCAUUAUAACAUCUUUGGUCUGACAGACGUUUACGUGACACCCAAAAUGCAUUGUAUGAUGUCAACAAACAUGGCGCCACACAUAGCUGGCAAAUAGCUUAGCAUUAGCUCAAUAUAAUCAGUAGACCUUCAAAUGAAUAAAACUGUAAAUACAUUAUGCUCCAUACAUACAAAACAUACAUACAUACAAACUGUAUGAUAAAGUAGAAACGACAACACGAUAUACAGAAAAUAAGGCACUUACUUUGAUAGGAAUGAACACAUGUCCAAAGUUAUUAUUUGUAAGGAAAACAACAAUGAAGAAAAUGCGAGAGCCAGCCAGAAAAUGUUCCAGGGGGAAAAAGUUUGUGCUAGACUGCGCAAAUGUCUGCACACUUGAUCUGGGGAAACAUUGGUGAAGACAUGCUUGGGCUCUCCUCGAAGAGAGAAGUUUGUCCGGCUUAGUAAAGCCUAAAACGUAAAUUAUCUGCAACACUGAAAUGGGCUACUUCUAUGUGAAUUAAUGAGGAGGCGGAACACACCUCAAUUCAAACUGUUGUUAGAAAAUAAAACUUGUUAGAAAAUAAUUUAAAAUGUACAAGUUGAAACAUAGCCAAUAGAUAGAUUAGCAGGCAGCGUGUGUUAACUGUCCUGUUGCGUAACAAUCACAUUUUGGAACAGUGAGUGCAUUCUGACAUCACGUGCAUAAAACAACUCACGCUUGGGCGACCGUUAGAGAUAUUUGGAACUCACAUGUGAAAAGGUUAAUAUUAGGAAGGUGUUCCUAAUGUUUUGUACACUCAGUGUAUAUUGCCUUAUUAGUCAUGUUCUCAAUGAUUUUGAUCAGAGGUUAUGGUUCCUAUUAGUAGGUCUGCUAUCUUACAUCACAAGCAGAUCAUACGUAGCUACAUGCAUCUCAAUAUUUGUAUAGCGCUGUUUCAAAGUUCUACGCCACAGAGAGAGCAUCAAAUCAAGAGAGACAGGAAUAAACCGCUGGAAUAUCAGUAGGGCCAAAUUAAGCAGCAAAGUAGGAAGCAGGAAAUCCACCUGCUUAUCAGCUUCAAGGAGAGUUUGCUCCCCUCACCUUUAUAGGAGUAAUGAAUGUGCGAGCAGUAUGUCAGAUGUGCUGUUUUUGCUCAUAUAGGGUGCUAUUCUGACUUGAGAUUCUCGCCCCUUCACUCAAAAUGUUCUAUCAACGUCAAUGCAUGAUUUAUGUGAAAGUCUGAGUUGCCCGUAUGUAUCUACCUUGCAUACAGUGCAUUCGGAAAGUAUUCAGACCCCUUCACCUUUCCCUCAUUAAUCUACACACAAUACCCCAUAAUGACAAAGCGAAAACAGGUUUGUAGCAAAUUUAUAUAAAAAAACUAACAACAGAAAUACCUUAUUUACAUAAGUAUUCAGACCCUUUGCUAUGAGACUCGAAAUUGAGCUCAGGUGCUUCCUGUUUCCAUUGAUCAUCCUUGAGAUGUUUCUACAACUUGAUUGGAGUUCCACCUGUGGUAAAUUCAAUUGAUUGGACAUGAUUUGGAAAGGCACACGCCUGUCUAUAUAAGGUCCCACAGUUGACAGUGCAUGUCAGAUUAAAAACCAAGCCAUGAGGUCGAAGGAAUUGUCAGAGACAGGAUUGUGUCGAGGCACAGAUCUGGGGAAGGGUACCAAAACAUUUCUGCAGCAUUGAAGGUCCCCAAGAACACAGUGGCCUCCAUCAUUCUUAAAUGGAAGAAGUUUGGAACCACUAAGACUUCCUAGAGCUGGCCGCCCGGCUAAACUGAGCAAUCAGGGGGAGAAGGGCCUUGGUCAGGGAGGUGACCAAGAACCCGAUGGUCACUCUGAGCUCCAGAGUUCCUCUGUGGAGAUGGGAGACCCUUCCAGAAGGACAACCAUCUCUACAGCACUCCACCAAUCAGGCCAUUAUGGUAGAGUGGCCAGACGGAAGCUGCUUCUCAGUAAAAGGCACAUGACAGCCCGUUUGGCGUUUGCCAAACGGCACCUAAAGGACUCUCAGACCAUGAAUGCCAAGCGUCACGUCUGGAGGAAACCUGGCACCAACCCUACGGUGAAGCAUGGUGGUGGCAGCAUCAUGUUGUGAGGUUGUUUUUCAGUGGCGGGGACUGGGAGACUAGUCAGGAUCGAGGGAAAGGUGAAUGGAGCAAAGUACAGAGAGAUCCUUGAUGAAAACCUAAUCCAGAGUACUCAGGACCUCAGACUGGGGCGAAGGUUCACCUUCCAACAGGAAAACAACCCUAAGCACACAGCCAAGACAACGCAGCAAUGGCUUCGGGACAAGUAUCUGAAUGUCCUUGAGUGGCCCAGCCAGAUACCGAACUUGAACCUGAUCGGACAUCUCUGGAGAGACCUGAAAAUAGCUUUGUAGCGAUGCUCCCCAUCCAACCUGACAGAACUCUGCAGAGAAGAAUGGGAGAAACUCCCCAAAUACAGGUGUGCCAAGCUUGAAGCGUCAUACCCAAGAAGAAUUGAGGCUGUAAUCGAUGCCAAAGGUGCUUCAACAAAGUACUGAGUAAAGGGUCUGAAUACUUUGAUAUUUCUGUUUUUUAUUUGUAAUAAAUUGGCAAGCAUUUCUAGACACCUUUUUUUGCUUUGUCAUUAUGGGGUAUUGUGUGUAGAUUGAUGAUGGGAAAAGACAAUUUAAUCAAUUUUAGAAUGAGGCUGUAACGUAACAAAAUGUGGAAAAAGUCAAGGGGUCUGAAUACUUUCCGAAUGCACUUUAUCUCAAGGCUGAAUAGUCCCCUUAGUGUCCAACCAACAUGAAGGGAAUUGCCAUUAAUUCCCUAAUCUACAGUAAAAAGUUAUUUCACAUUCACAGGCUGUUUAUUAAGACAUGAAUGUCUGAGAGUGAUAAUGUAAUUUAUAAUGAAACAGAAAUGAAAAAAAGAUAAUGCUGAUUACUCCAUUCUCUCUUUCUGUUGGCUAGGCGGUGACAUUGUCAUUAUGAUACUCAAUUAUCCCCCCUGCCAACCAUCAUCAACUCGUCUCAUAACGAUGACACGUCUCGUUUCCAUUUCAUUUGAUGGGUUACAAACAACGCCUGUGUCAAGUCAAUCACUGGGAUUAAACACAAACAACUCUAAUGAACAAAGUAGUUUAAAUACCAGGCAGAGAAAUAUGUUUAAUUGUCAACUUAAAAGCUGUUUAAAUACCAGGAAGACAGUGUUGUGUUCGAGACCACCUAAAGUGAGACCGAUUCAAGACCGGGGGGGGGGGGGGGGGGGGGGAGGUGAGACUGCAAGGUUGUAUUUUGAAACAAGCUUGAAUAAGCUAAGUAGCCAAUAGGCAGAGGGUAGAAUGAUUUGUCUGAUUCUCUGUAAUAAUGGUAUGGAAAUAAUAAUGCAUUUUAUUUUGUAAAGUGUUUUUUUGUAUCAAACAACAACAUUCAGUCACCUUCUUGUCUGAAGGACAAGUGGAUAAACAGGUUAAUGUGGUCCUCUGUAGCUCAGCUGGUAGAGCACGGCGCUUGUAAUGCCAAGGUAGUGGGUUCGAUCCCCGGGACCACCCAUACACAAAAAAAAAACAUGUAUGCACGCAUGACUGUAAGUCGCUUUGGAUAAAAGCGUCUGCUAAAUGGCAUAUUAUUAUUAUUAUUAUAAGCCCUGCAUGUUUUUUUCAAAAGUCUCAUGGAAUGUAGGCCUACAUUGAACACCACACAUUGGCUGCUACUGUAGGCUGAACGAUAGAACAGCUAUUUCCAUGUUAAAAUGUUAUAGGAUGCAUUUUUGUCCAUUGUUUUUGAUGGUAGGCCACUCUGGUAGGCCUACAUUAUGAUCAAAUAGCCACAGUAGCCUACUUGACUAACUUAAAGCUGGUACAGCCUCAGUGUUCACAGUAAACGCGCACUGGAAGUUGCCCAGAAUUUACACAAUGUUAAAGUUUGCGCUCAGCAAAGGUUAGAGGGAACAUUGUGGAGGAGUAUUGAAUGGAAUUACGAUGAUUAUGUCUCAUAGUUUGGAGGAUGGUGAUGAUGCCCUUGUUAACAAUCAUGAAUCAUGAUGAUGAUUAUUUAUCUAGUAUGUAUUGCUUGUAUGUGUGUUAUACAGGUAAACCAAGCCCACCACUGAACCUAACACACACCCAGACCGCAGAGGGAGAGUUGGUUCUGAGCUGGAGCAACCCACAGCCCUAUGCCAGCCCUGUCCCACUGAGCCACGAGGUCCGAUACGUUACCUCCCACAACACCUCUAACCCCAACUGGAAGGUAAAAACACACUGGCCUCAGAGCAAACACAACAUCUAAGUACAGGUCUUACAGCAAAUUCAGAUACAGACAAACAUUAUUUAUCAGAGAACAAGAGCAAACACGUUAAGGGAGAGUCUUCAGACCACUCAUAUUUUAUUCAGUCAUCACAAUGGCAUUUUGUAUUUGUGUCAAAUUCUGCAUUUGCAGGUAGAAUAACAUCUUGUGUUUCCCUCCCCUAUUCCUCUUGCUCAGCAUGUGGAGGUGACUGGAGACCAGUGGGUGUCUUUGACUGGACUGAGGGCAGGUCUGCACAACAUUGUACAGAUCCGCUCUCACCACCCUGUUGUGCCCCACCUGUGGAGUGACUGGAGCCAGCCACACCGCAUCGACCUGGAAGGUAAGACCUGCACAGAAAUAUCCUAAACAUACAGUUAACUUAUAAUUGUAGUCAUUUAUAAGACGCUCUCAUUGCUUACAGGAGCAAUUAGGGUUAAGUGCCUUGUUCAAGGGCACAUCAACAGAUUAUUCACUUAGUCGGCUCAGGGAUUCGAACCAACAACCUUUCGGUUAUUGGCCCAACGCUCUUAACCGCUAGGCUACCUUCCGCCAUACUCCACUCACAUCUACCUGCAGAGUAACACCUCUGCCUUGCCCUACUGACGUACAAUAAACAUACAGAUAUUCAGAUAUAUUCCCCUCACAUACAGUAUACUGCACAGUAAAACCUCUGGCUGUACAGCAAUGUACACAUAUGCUAAGCUUUACCGUUUGCCUUAACAAAACAUCUACAGUAACUUAGAAGGUGGUUACUGGCAAGCAAAAACAAGCUUUUCUACAUUCCAGAUCAUCUAACAGGGUUAUAGGCAGUGUACAUCUAGGGUUGGCUUUCCCACUGUCUUUUGUCCCGGGUUUAGUAUUGAGCGUGACAUGUAGGUAUAUGAAAGAAGAUGUUUUAAAUGGACAGCUACUACCUGCACUCAAGUCUAUUUACCUCCCUCUACUGCUCCCGCUCGUCUAUUGAAGCCUGAUUGAAUGUUUCUGAAAUUGACACAGUAGGAGUGAGAGAGUCUGCAGGUGAGCUACUCUGGCACAAAGGCAUCAACACUCGAGUCACAUCUCUAGAUGGUAGCUAGUUGCUUGUUAUUCCAGUAAACUAAAAGUAUGCUUCCCAAAUGGGACCUAUUCCCUACAUAGUGCAUUACUUUUGGUCAAAAGUAGUGCACUUUAUAGGGAAUAGGGUGCUAUUUGUUCCAGUAAACCCACUGGGCACACACUUUUUUAUUUAUUAUUUUAUUUCACCUUUAUUUAACCAGGUAAGCCAGUUGAGAACAAGUUCUCAUUUACAACUGCAACCUGGCCAAGAUAAAGCAAAGCAGUGCGAUAAAAACAACAACACAGAGUUACAUAUGGGGUAAACAAAACAUAAAGUCAAAAAUACAACAGAAAAUAUAUAUACAGUGUGUGCGAAUGUCGUAAAUUAUGGAGGGAAGGCAAUAAAUAGGCCAUAGUGCAAAAUAGUUACAAUUUCGUAUUAACACUGGAAUGAUAGAUGUGCAAAAGAUGAUGUGCAAAUAGAGAUACUGGGGUGCAAAUUAGCAAAAUAAAUAACAAUAUGGGAAUGAGGUAGUUGGAUGGGCUAAUUACAGAUGGGCUGUGCACAGGUGCAUUGAUCGGUAAGCUGCUCUGACAACUGACGCCUAAAGUUAGUGAGGGAGAUAAGAGUCUCCAGCUUCAGAGAUUUUUGCAGUUCGUUCCAGUCAUUGGCAGCAGAGAACUGGAAGGAAUGGCGGCCGAAGGAGGUGUUGGCUUUGGGGAUGACCAGUGAGAUAUACCUGCUGGAGCGCAGACUACGGAUGGGUGUUGCUAUGGUGACCAGUUAGCUAAGAUAAGACGGGGAUUUGCCUAGCAGUGAUUUAUAGAUGACCUGGAGCCAGUGGGUUUGGCGACGAAUAUGUAGUGAGGACCAGCCAACAAGAGUGUACAGGUCACAAUGGUGGGUAGUUGUCAGGGUAUCUGAUGCGGAUGUGGUGCGGAAUCAAGUGCAGGACACAGGAGCUAAGUCAAACCAGUCUUUACUUGAAAAGACAAAAGAACAAACGGGUCUAACCAACCCGGAGGCGAACAAUACGCAACAGUGCGUAAAACACAAAACCGACUGCGCACGAAAACAACAGUGCGACGGUACACGCUAGUGACUGGCAAAAAGUGAACAGCACCAACAGACAGGUGAAACCAAUUACACACAACACAUGACAGAAACAACGAGAACUUAUAGGACACAUAAUCAACACCAAACAUGAACAGGUGUACCAAACAGACCAAACCAAACAAACAUCGAAAACAAAGAACGGCGGCAGCUAGUACUCCGGAGACGACGACCGCCGAAGCCUGCCCGAACAAGGAGGAGGAGCAGCCUCGGCCGAAACCGUGACAGUAGUAUAUGGGGCUUUGGUGACAAAACGGAUGGCACUGUGACAUACUACAUCCAAUUUGCUGAGUAUAGUGUUGGAGGCUAUUUUGUAAAUGACAUCGCCGAAGUCAAGGAUCGGUAGGAUAGUCAGUUUUGCGAGGGCAUGUUUGGCAGCAUGAGUGAAGGAAGCUUUGUUGCGAAAUAGGAAGCCGAUUCUAGAUCUAACUUUUGAUUGGAGAUGCUUAAUGUGAGUCUGGAAGGAGAGUUUACAGUCUAACCAGACACCUAGGUAUUUGUAGUUGUCCACAUACUCUAGGUCAGAGAUUCUAGUCGGGUGGGCGGGUGCAAGCAGCGUUCGGUUGAAGAGCAUGCAUUUAGUUUUACUAGUGUUUAAGAGCAGUUGGAGGCUACGGAAGGAGUGUUGUAUGGCGUUGAAGCUCGUUUGGAGGUUUGUUAACACAGUGUCCAAUGAAGGGCCAGAUGUAUACAAAAUGGUGUUGUCCGCAUAGAGGUGGAUCCGAGCGUCACCAGCAGCAAGAGCAACAUCAUUGAUAUACACAGAGAAUAGAGUCGGCCCGAGAAUUGAACCCUGUGGCACCCCCAUAGAGACUGCCAGAGGUCCAGACAACAGGCCCUCCGAUUUGACACAUUGAACUCUAUCUGAGAAGUAGUUGGUGAACCAGGCGAGGCAGUCAUUUGAGAAACCAAGGCUAUUUAGUCUGCCAAUAAGAAUGCGGUGGUUGACAGAGUCGAAAUCCUUGGCCAGGUCGAUGAAGACGGCUGCGCAGUACUGUCUUUUAUCGAUUGCGGUUAUAAUAUCGUUUAGGACCUUGAGCGUGGCUAAGGUGCACCCAUGACCAGCUCGGAAAGCGGAUUGCAUAGCGGAGAAGGUACGGUGGGAUUCGAAAUGGUCGGUGAUCUGUUUGUAACUUGGCUUUCAAAAAGUUUCGAAAGGCAGGGCAGGAUGGAUAUAGGUCUAUAACAGUUUGGAUCUAGAGUGUCACUUGGUUGAAAUCAACAUUGUUUCCACGUCAUUUCAAUAAAAUUACGUUGAACCAACGUGGAAUAGAAGUUCAAUUGAUGUCUGUGCCUGUGAGAACUAAAACAGAAUGAGUUAUAUCUUCUUCGUCCCUUCAAAGUUUUGUUAUUUUGGUGAUACAGUGGCAUUUGUUUUAGAGAGAGUCGUGGAGGACAAAUGUCUCAUCAAUUGUCUUGUGUGUGUGUUUGGUGUAGUGUGGUGCGGUGCGGUGUGUGAUUCAACUAUUGACCUCUAUUAUCUCCAAGGGGAGAUAGGGUGCAAUACCUGAACACCAACACAAACCAAUUAAACUUGCUAAUCUGCAUAUGUUAUGUAGGAAGCAGAGUUGAGAGGUUAGAGGUCAGAGGUUAUCUCCAGGGUCAGUGACUGUUCACCCAUGAUUAAAACAAAAUAAUAAGCCUUUUCCCUAGCACACUGUCUGACAAUGCACAGCACCUUUAGAGGAUACUUUUUAAUGAGAAGUCAUAAAUCAUCUGUGGUUGAUAGAUUGUGUGGGCACGAACACACCUAGCUAAAGUAUGGAGAAUGGGAUGGGUCUGUACCUGCUGCAUACUGUACUGUUAGAGAUGAUGGAUGACUCAUAGAUAUGCAUUGUAUUUCCAUGCACUCAAUAUACCCUGGAUUACUAAGCAAACAGAUUUGGUUUGUAAACGCGGGAUGUUUGAACUGUGAAGUUAACGAAUGAAAUGUGAAAUAUGAGGACAAGAUCAGAAUGGAGCAGGGUGGAGAUGAGGGAGCCAGAUUGUUCUUCAUCAAAGGGCUGAUUAGCAUUUUAGUGUAGUGUAGUCAUCUAUCCUCUCUCGAUCUCUAGCUAUUUCCCCUUUUGGAAAAAAAGGGGUGCCUUUAAAAAAAAAAGGGGAAAUACCCUUUUAAAAAAUUAAUUUUGGAUAUCUUUUAUCUCUUCCCCUGAUUUUUCACUCUCCUUCCGCCCCUUUCUCCCUUCCCCUUUUUCCUCUCUCUCUCUCUUCUCUCUCCUCUUUCUCUUCUCCCCUCUUUCCCUCUUUUUCAAUUUAAUUUUGGGUUAUUGGCAUGGGGGAAACAAUGUUACAUUGCCGAAAGGGGAAUAGAUAAUAAACAAAAAAGGGGUAAAAAAAUAAAAAGCCCGUAAAAAUACCUCACAAAAGGUCCAAGGGAAAGGACAUUUAAAGUCUUUUAUGAUAUAUACGUGUUGUAACAAUGUGCAAAGAGUUUUUAAAUACAAAUUUGGGAAAAAAAAUAAAAAAAUAAUUGGGGGUUUUAUUCAAUGGGUUUGUUUUCACGGUUGCCUUUUUUGUGGCAACCCGGGACAAAUAUGCGCGUGUGGGGCCCCCUGGGUUUUUUUACCAGAGAUAAUUAGAAAUUUUUUUAAUUUAAAAAAAAUUUCCCCCGGGGUUAUAGAUUGUUAAAAACCAAAAUUUUUGGGGGAAUUUAAAAAUGAAGUUUUUGGAAAGUUUUAAAAAAUUUUUCCGUUUUUGGGAAAAAAAAAAAUUUUUUUUUAAAUUUUUUUUUUCCCUAUUUUUAAGGGGAAAGAGAGGGGGGUUUUUAACAAAAGGUUUAAAAAAAAUUUUUUUUACCAUUUUAAUUUCCCCCUUACCUUUUUUAAAAAUUUUCCUCAUUUUCCCACUUUUUGAAAUUCCUCCCCCCUUUUUUUCUUUUCCCCCCCCUUUUCCCUUUUUUUUUUUAAAAAAAAAAUUUUUAAAUUUUUUUGGGGGAAAAAGGGAAACCCGAAAAAAAGGGUUUGCCCCCCUUUUUUGGGUUGGGGGUUUUUUUCUUUUUUUCCCCUUUUUUCCCCCCCCUUUCCCAAGGGAAAGGGAUUUUUUUCAAUUUUUUCAUUCCCCCGGGGAAACCCCCAAACCCCUUUAAAAAAAAAGGGGGGGGAAACAAAGGGGGGGAAUAAAAUUUUUUUAAAUUUUUUUUAAAAAAAAAUUAAAAAAAUAAAAAAAAAGGGGGGGGAAAAAGUUUUUUCUUUUUUUUUGGGGGGGGAAAAUGAAAAUUUUUGGGGAAAGCCCCGGGGGGGGUUUUAAAAAAGGGGGGUUUUUUUUGGGUUUUUAAAAAAUUUUUUUUCGGGGGGAAAUGGGAAAAAGGGGGGGAAAAAGGGAGGGGGGGGGGGGGUUUUUGGGUUUUCCCCAACCCCCAAAAAAUUUUUUUAAAGGGGGGGGGGGGGGCAAAGGGAAAAGGGGGGGAAGGGGGGAAAAUUUUUUUUUUUCGGGGGGGGGAGGGGAUUUCCCUCUUUUUUUUUUUUUUUCCUGUUUCCCUUUCCGCUCUUCCCGGUUUUUUUCUUUUCCUCCCCCUUUUUUUUUUUUUUUUUUUUUUCCCCUUCUCCUUUUUUCUCUUUCUCUCUUCUCUACUAUCUCUACUAUCUUCUUACAGUUUUUCCUCGAUUGCUAAGACACCAUUUCUUGAAGCUGCUCUCCUUUUCUUUAACUGUGAACACAAAACCCCAAUUUUCAAGCUACAUUACAAAACCUCAGAAUCUUCUGCAAAACCAAACUUUCACCUCAAAACAGUUCAAUCCUGUGCUCAAAACUGAACUAUGUGUCCAAAUCGUGCCCCCGAGUCAAUCAAAAAAAAAUAAACACUACUGAACAGUCACUAAAACACUACGUAGAAAAUAGAAAACACAAUGCUCAGGACAUGAAGCUGGAGAAAUAAAUGUUUAUUGUUCACUGUAGGCUAAAUGCAUGUUGCAAAACAAAAAAAACCUGUGCAUUUAGCACUUGUACAAAAAGACAAAACAGAAAUCUUGUGCAUUUACAUGUAGCACUUGUAAAAAACAAACAGAAAUCUUAUGCGUUUGCCACUUGUGUACAGUAAGCCCAUGUAAAAAUAAAGUACAAAAAUAUACAAAUAAGUGCAUUACUCAGCCACAGCCAUCAUGUCUCCGUACUGGGUCAGGCCACAGGACUUCAUCCACAUCACAGGCCACAUUUUGUCUGGCCAGGCAACGGGGGAAAAAACCCCCUGGCAUGCCGUAUCCAGGCUUGGCAUGCCUCCACACCUAUGUCACCACAGGCAAGUCCCAUGGCUUGCAGGAGAUUUACCCUGGUGUAAGGUUGGCGUUCAUAUACCUUCCACCGCCAUGAGGAGAAGAAUUCCUCAAUGGGGUUUAGGAAAGGGGAGUACGGUGGAAGGCAAAGAUUGAUAAAACCUUGGUUCAUAUUGUACCACUCUCUAACCUGGAGGGCUCUGUGAAAACUCACAUUGUCCCAAACAACAACAUAGAUGGGAUGCUCAUCCUGCUGCCCUAACAAAGCAUAUCGCAUGUGAUUGAGGAAAAUGAGAAGCUGGUGAGUGUUGUAGGGCCCCAGGUUGGCAUGAUGGUGGACAACCCCAUGAUUGCUGAUGGCAGCACAUAAUGUGACAUUGCCACCACGCUGCCCAGGAACACCAACAAUGGCCCGAUGGCCAAUCACAUUACGGCCUCUCCUUCUCCUUUUGGUGAGAUUAAACCCAGCUUCAUCCAUGUAGAUGUAUUGAUGGGGUCUUUCCAUUGCAUCCAGUUGAAAAACCCUCUGUAGAAAUAGAUAUAGUUUUGUAAGUGAUACGGAAAAAGUGAUUUAGGCCACUACAGUAAAUCACUACUUAGAGUAAUCAACAUUGAAUGUGUCUGGAUAUAUGCCAACCUGUACAUACUAGAAUCUUUGCUCUUUGACUCUGUCUGAGUUGCGAUCAAAGGGCACUCUGUAUAGCUGUUUCAUGCGCAGUCUGUUGCGCUUGAGGACACGAUCAACAGUAGAGAGGCUGACACUGUUGAUACCCUCAAAAUGUAAAUGGUCCUCAAUGAUCUUCUGCUGAAUUUCGCUCAGUUUGAUGGCAUUGUUCUCACGGACCAUAUCAACAAUUAGGGUCUCUUGGUGUGGGGAGAACAUACCUGUCCUCCCACCCCCAUGUGGCAGUCUUUCAAUUCUACAAAAAGAGAACAUGGACUUACAAAAAAUAUACAUGGAAUACUAGGCCUACAAACAGUUAGACCAACCCUCCAUUACAAUACUACAGUACAUUGGUACAGUGAUGUACUGAAACAUAUAUUUACUUACAGUAUACUGUGGUACAGUAUAUAGUAUGUCAUACAGUAAUUGCUGUCAACAUUUACAUACUGUACUAUAAUGUCAAAAAAAGGUAAUUACCUGUUCUCUUCUCUAAAUCUUCGGAUUAUGGUGGACACAGUGAAUCUACUGAUGUUUGGUUGUACCCUUUGUCCAGCCUCCCUCAUGCUCAUACCAUGGACAAGAACAUGGUCAAUCACAGUAGCUCUGAUUUCAUCAGAUAUUACUGUUCUUUGUCUUCGCUGACCACCUCGACCACCUCGACCUCCUCUCACACGAACUCUUCCUCUCAGAUUUCUAUCCAUUGUAGGGCCUCACAAACCAGUGCUCUCUGAACUGGCUUACUGUAUAUGUUCCCUCACAUCAUUAGCCACAAGUGUGAUCAAUUUUGAGUUGUUGUGUUCAAGUGGUGACACCUGUGCUCUAAUUGUGUUUGACUUUUGUCACCUGUGCUCACCAUUAUGCAGCAUGGGUGCAUCACAAUGAAAAUGUGUUGGCAAGUUAUGUCUAAACAGGUGAAAAGUGCUUAUGGUUUUGCCAAAAGAGUGAUUGAUUCAAUCAGUGGGUUCAGGCAACUGAGCAUUUGGUUCAGACAAUAGGGUUUAGUGUUUUAGCAAUUGAGAAAAACUGUAAUUCUGCGUUGUUGAUAAAGGACAUGUCAGUAAGCAUGUUGUUUACGAAGCAUGUGACAAAUCAAAUUUUAUUUUAUUUCUCAUCCUAUCUUUUAUUACUGAGGUCCCAUUGCUCUGAGGAAGACAUUCAGCUAGUCACCCAGGCUAUGGCCCCUUAGCUUUCAGUCAAUAUAUUAUGUCUGAUUUGAUGUACCUCGUGGAUGAAUAGCAAAUCUUUUAAACUGGAAGCAAGUUUGUCUUCAUACUUCCAGAAACAUUUUUACUUCAUCUGUUCUUUCAGACUAUGUCUGGAGGUUGGGUACUGCUGCAUGAAAUUGAGUUUUUCAGGUUACUUUAAAAAAGAAACAUUUGACAUUUUUUUCUUAGCUUGGUCCGUUGAUAACUAUAAAAAAAUAAUUAGUAACUAAUUAGAAGGUUGCUGCAUGAAACAACAACAAAUUUAGACAACUCAGUCAGGGUAUCAAAUCAAUCACAAUGCUCUCGCAGAAAAAUACUUCAACUGUCAACUGUGAGUCAGGUGAUCCUGCUUUUCUGACUGAAUUCACUUUGCUUGGUUUCAGAUGUGACUUAUCUCCCUGAGAGAGUGGUGGCCAGCCUUGGAGAUAGUGUGACUGUGUACUGCGUGUUCAACGACCGCAGGGUGAACGCCAGCACGGCGGUCUGGUUUCUGAACCUUGACCGUCCUUCCCCAGAGCCAGUACACUGCUGUCAACGACCGUGUCAGUAAAAUAACGGUUCAACCGUCUGAGCAGAAGCUGUACGACAUCCUGCAUUGCUGCCAGUCUUCAGGGGAGAAGUAUAGCUGUAACUACCGCUACGCAACGAUAUACAUUAAAGGUGAGCUGUUAUGGAUGGAUGGAUGGAUGGAUGGGAUGGAUGGAUGGAUGGAUGGAUGGAUGGAUGGAUGGAUAGGUGGAUGGGUGGGUGGAUUAGGUACUGUAGGGUUGGGAUGGGAGAAUGUUUAGGGUUAGACUUCAGGAAAAUGAUGGGUCAUGGGAUUAAGGGAUUAACAGUAAUAUAUACAGUGAGGGAAAAAAGUAUUUGAUCCCCUGCUGAUUUUGUACGUUUGCCCACUGACAAAGACAUGAUCAGUCUAUAAUUUUAAUGGUAGGUUUAUUUGAACAGUGAGAGACAGAAUAACAACAAAAUAAUCCAGAAAAACGCAUGUCAAAAAUGUUAUAAAUUGAUUUGCAUUUUAAUGAGGGAAAUAAGUAUUUGACCCCCUCUCAAUCAGAAAGAUGUCUGGCUCCCAGGUGUCUUUUAUACAGGUAACGAGCUGAGAUUAGGAGCACACACUUAAAGGGAGUGCUCCUAAUCUCAGUUUGUUACCUGUAUAAAAGACACCUGUCCACAGAAGCAAUCAAUCAAUCAGAUUCCAAACUCUCCACCAUGGCCAAGACAAAGAGCUCUCCAAGGAUGUCAGGGACAAGAUUGUAGACCUACACAAGGCUGGAAUGGGCUACAAGACCAUCGCCAAGCAGCUUGGUGAGAAGGGGACAACAGUUGGUGCGAUUAUUCGCAAAUGGAAGAAACACAAAAGAACUGUCAAUCUCCCUCGGCCUGGGGCUCCAUGCAAGAUCUCACCUCGUGGAGUUGCAAUGAUCAUGAGAACGGUGAGGAAUCAGCCCAGAACUACACGGGAGGAUCUUGUCAAUGAUCUCAAGGAAGCUGGGACCAUAGUCACCAAGAAAACAAUUGGUAACACACUACGCCGUGAAGGAGUGAAAUCCUGCAGCGUCCGCAAGGUCCCCCUGCUCAAGAAAGCACAUAUACAUGCCCGUCUGAAGUUUACCAAUGAACAUCUGAAUGAUUCAGAGGAGAACUGGGUGAAAGUGUUGUGGUCAGAUGAGACCAAAAUGGAGCUCUUUGGCAUCAACUCAUCUCGCCGUGUUUGGAGGAGGAGGAAUGCUGCCUAUGACCCCAAGAACACCAUCCCCACCGUCAAACAUGGAGGUGGAAACAUUAUGCUUUGGGGGUGUUUUUCUGCUAAGGGGACAGGACAACUUCAAAGGGACGAUGGACGGGGCCAUGUACCGUCAAAUCUUGGGUGAGAAUCUCCUUCCCUCAGCCAUGUCAUUGAAAAUGGGUCGUGGAUGGGUAUUCCAGCAUGACAAUGACCGAAAAAACACAGCCAAGGCAACAAAGGAGUGGCUCAAGAAGAAGCACAUUAAGGUCCUGGAGUGGCCUAGCCAGUCUCCAGACCUUAAUCCCAUAGAAAGUCUGUGGAGGGAGCUGAAGGUCGAGUUGCCAAACGUCAGCCUCGAAAACGUAAUGACUUGGAGAAGAUCUGCAAAGAGGAGUGGGACAAAAUCCCUCCUGAGAUGUGUGCAAACCAGGUGGCCAACUACAAGAAACGUCUGACCUCUGUGAUUGCCAACAAGGGUUUUGCCACCAAGUACUAUGUCAUGUUUUGCAGAGGGGUCAAAUACUUAUUUCCCUCAUUACAACGCAAAUCAAUUCAUAACAUUUUUGACAUGCGUUUUUCUGGAUGUUUUUGUUGUUAUUCUGUCUCUCACUGUUCAAAUAAACCUACCAUUAAAAUGAUAGACUGAUCAUUUCUUUGUCAGUGGGCAAACGUAUAAAAUCAGCAGGGGAUCAAAAACAUUUUUCCCUCACUGUAUAUAUAUAUAUUCAUGUGUUUGUUAUAACCCCUGUCUGUCUGUCAAUGGACUGUGGUCAUGUUUCAGGCUCAAGGUUCAUAUUACAGGUCAGGGUAAGGGUUUCACUCUAUUUGUGUCUGUGUUUCAGAUCCAUUCAUAGAUAUCAGCUGUGUAACCAAUGGGGAUCUGGACAGCAUGACCUGUAGGUGGAACAACAUCCAAACCGAAAUCAACUUCCUGUCCAGGUCAAUACUACUUUUACUUACAGCAUUGGACAACCUACACAAACACCUGUAUACGUGUACAUACACCAGUAAAACCUGCACAUACACUUCAACUGUAUAGUUAAAGUGACGGUUGGUUAUCUUUAUGAGUCCAAUCAAUCUAUUAAGAGUCUUUGAAAUACAAGCCCAGCAUGGAAUACAGCAGGACAUUACUUUUGACUCGUUGUAAAAAAUGUUGACACCUUUUCAGUGUCUCUGCUUGGUGUCUCUGUGCUGUAUUCCUAAGGAAUAUGGAACGGGAACUGGUUCAAGAUCGUAGAACAAUACAGAAGGGAUUUAGACCCCUCAAGCAAAACUCAAAUGACUGUGUGUAAUUAUUAGUGAAUUGCCACAAUUUCAAAAUUAAGGCAGUGAAAGGAAGUUUAGACUUGUUGCAUAACAGAGAUCUGUGGCAUCAUAGGCCAAACAUACCCAUAAGGAGAUAGGGUGUUUUCACCCUGAAAUUCUUUGUGUUUGUGUGUGUGUGUUUUUUUACUAUUCUUGUGGAUACCAGAAGUCCUCACAAGGAUAGUAAAACAAUGAACAUUCGGAGAAAUGGGGACAUUUCGCCAGUCCCCAAAAGGAAUAAGGCUAUUUUAGGGUUAGGGUUAGAAUUAGGGUUAGGAGUUAGGGUUACCGCGCCAGCGCUCAACAUCCUUUCCCCGCUCUGCUAAGAAUCACUCAGCGCUCACAGAAAAAAAAAGCAGCUCCAAAUUCGCUCCAUUCAUUUAACAAACAGCCCAUCAGCUAUCGUAAGAAGCUUCAACAUUUCAUAAACGUGUCGUAGGCUAUUAAACAAAUACCUACCUGAUGAUAUGCGGCCACUGUGUUAAAAAACAAAAUGGCUUUUUCUCUAAUCUAUUGAUGAUCAUAUACUUCAGUUGUAAGUGACUCUGUUGCGCUCACAUUUUACAGUUGAUAGUCAACUUAAGCACUGUUACAAACUUAGGCUCCUUUUUUUUUUUUUUUUACGAUAGCCUAUAUAGAAAUCAAAAUGUGUCCGGUGCUGCUGCAUGGGCUUAUUGGUGGUCUUGCCAUCAAUUACACAUGCUGUGUGACCUAUUUCUUGGUCGACUCAUAUCAACAUCUCUGCGCAUUAGUGGUGUGGUAGGCUAAAUAAAUACAACAGAAUAGGCCUAAUUAAAAGAACUAUGAUGAAGGGAAUGAAAAAUGCUGGGCAGACGAUGCCCAGAGCUCGUGGCUGAGUGGUACCGGAGCAAAAUUGGAGUGGGAGAGAAGGCUGACGCUCCACGAUCCAAAUCACACACGCUCCGCUCCUCGCUCCACAUCCUCUGUUUGGGGUUAAGGUUAGGUUAAGGGUUAUGGUUCGGGGUUAGGGAAAAUAGGAUUUUGAAUGGGAAUCAAUUGUUUGGUCCCCACAAGGAGAGUAAAACAAAUGUGUGUGUGUGUGUGUGUGUGUGUGUGUGUGCGUGUCUGUUUAUAUUCGCCAGGGUGGCCGACCUAUCCUGUGAUGUCAUGGAGGAGGCGGAGGAGGUGGGCGGGGCGGUGAGUGUUUUCAGGCAGGUGGUGUGUGUAUCCAGCAGAUCUAGAGAAGUGAAGAGCUGCACUCUGCAGCCAAUCAGAGUGACUUCCUGCUACAAGCUGUGGAUGGAGGCCAAGACAGACAAUGGCACGAGGUCACAUCCUGUCUACAUCACACCUAUGGACCACGGUGAGUUAGGACAUGUGCAGGAUAGGAGUUCCAAGUUUCAAGUUUAUUCGCCACAUGCACAGGAUGCAACAGGUGUAAAACAGUACAGUGAAAUGUUUACCUUGAGAGCUCUUUCACAACAAUGCAGUGAUAGUAAUAAUAAUAUAGCUAAUAAUAGAAAAUAGAAUAAAAUAAAAUAACACACAAGAAGUACGAUAAAGGUUGAAGAAACCUGCUCUCAAUGGUGCAGCUGUAAAAGUUCCUGAGGAUCUGAGGGGCCAUGCCAAAUCGUUUCAGACUCCAUGUGUUGUUUUUAAAAAGUAUGUACUGCGAGUAUGUUUUUUUUUUACUGGCAAAUAAAAUCAAUCAAGUCGGCAGUGAUGUGGACACAGAGGAACUUGAAACUCUUGACCCUCUCCACUGUGGCCCCGUCGAUGUGGAUGAGAGUGUGCACCCCCCUGUUUCCUGUUGUCCACGAUCAGAUUCUUGGUCUUGCUGACGUUGAGGAAGAGGUUGUUGUCCUGGCACUACACUGCCAGGUCUCUGACCUCCUCCCUAUAGGCUGUCUCAUCGCCAUUGGUGAUCAGGCCUACCACUGUUGUGUUGUCAGCAAACUUGAUGAUGGAGUUGGAGUCGUGCGUGGCCAUACAGUUGUGGGUAAACAGGGAGUACAGGAGGGGGCAAAGCGCACACCACUGGGGGGCUCCCCGUGUUGAGGGUCAGUGUGGCAGACGUGUUGUUGCCUACUCUCACCACCUGGGGUCGGCCUGUCAGGAAGUCCAGGAUCCAGUUGCAGAGGGAGGCAUUCAAUCCCAGGGUCCCAAGCUUGAAUACCGUCCGGCCUGUAGCCUUGUGAGUGUUGACCAGAUUAAAAGCCUUACUCACGCCGGAGAGCAAGAUCAUCCAGUCCUCUGGGACGGCAGGGGCCCUCAUGCACGGCUCUGUGUUUUUGUCUAAGCGUGCAUAAAAUGCAUUGAGUUUGCCUGGUAGAGAGGCAUCGUUGGGCAGAUCACGGCUAGUCUUCCUUUGUAAUCCAUAAUGGUUGUACCCCCUGACGUGUGGAGCGUCGGAGCCGGUGUAAUAGGAUUUAAUCUUGUUCCUAUAUUGUCCUUUUGCCUGUUUGAUGGUGCUGCGAAGGUUGUAGCGGGACUUCUUGUACGCAUUCGUGUCCUCAGCCGAAGUCUCAGGGUUGGCUGCGAUAUCCCUGUGUGUGGUAGCUCUGUCCUUUAACUUAGCGCGCACCUUGGUGUUAAUCCAUGGCUUUUUGAUUGGGGAAGCCUUCCUAUUUCACAACAAAGCCUCCUUCACUCAUGCUGCCAAACAUGCCCUCGUAAAACUGACUAUCCUACCGAUCCUUGACUUCGGCGAUGUCAUUUACAAAAUAGCCUCCAACACUCUACUCAGCAAAUUGGAUGUAGUCUAUCACAGUGCCAUCCGUUUUGUCACCAAAGCCCCAUAUACUACCCACCACUGUGACCUGUACGCUCUUGUUGGCUGGUCCUCACUACAUAUAAUCCCCGCAUAGCAACACCCACCCGUAGUAUGCCCUCCAGCAGGUAUAUCUCACUGGUCAUCCCCAAAGCCAACACCUCCUUUGGCCGCCAUUCCUUCUAGUUCUCUGCUGCCAAUGACUGGAACAAAUUGCAAAAAUCUCUGAAGCUGGAGACUCUUAUCUCCCUCACUAACUUUAAGCAUCAGUUGUCAGAGCACCUUACCGAUCACUGCACCUGUACACAGCCCAUCUGAAAUUAGCCCACCCAACUACCUCAUCCCCAUAUUGUUAUUUAUUUUGCUCAUUUGCACACCAGUAUCUCUAUUUGCACAUCAUCUCUUGCACAUCUAUCAUUCCAGUGUUAAUACUAAUUGUAAUUAUUUUGCACUAUGGCCUAUUUAUUGCCUUACCUCCAUAACUUGCUACAUUUGAACACACUGUAUAUAUAUUUUCUGUUGUAUUUUUGACUUUAUGUUUUGUUUUACCCCAUAUGUAACUCUGUGUUGUUGUUUUUAUCGCACUGCUUUGCUUUAUCUUGGCCAGGUCGCAGUUGUAAAUGAGAACUUGUUCUCAACUGGCUUACCUGGUUAAAUAAAGGUUAAAUAAAUACAAUUUAAAAAAAAAAAACUCCACUGUGGAGACAACUUUGGCGAUGCAUUUCCUGAUGAAGGUGGUGACGGAGGGGGUUAGCUCGUUGGUGCUAUAGGCAGAGUCCCGGAGCAUAUUCCAGUCAGCACUAGCAAAUCAGUUCUGCAGCAUAGCCUCCGUUUCGGAGGACCAUUUCUCUACAGAGAAGUCACAGUUACUUACUGUUUAAGCUUAUGUUUGUAAAUAGGAAGCAGGAGUAUAGAGUCAUGAUCUGAUUUCCCGAAGGGGGUGACGAGGGAGGGCCUUGUAUGCUUGCUUGUGGAUUGAGUAACAUUAGUCUAGGACUUUAUCUGCCCUAGUGGUGAAAGAGACGUGUUGAUAGAAGUUGGGCAUCACGUGUCUUAGUGAUGCAGAAUUAAAAUAAUCGGCAACAAGAAAAGCAGCCUCCAGGUGCAUGGUUUCCUACUGAAAACACUUGACGUAAAUGUUUCGUACAGUUCGUCAAGUGUUUUUGUCCUGAGGUGGAGUAUAUACAGCAGUCAUGAUAACAGAUGAAAACUCUCUCGGGAGGUAGAAGGGUCGGUAUUUGACCAUCAGGUAUUCCAUGAUGGGUGAACAAUAGGUUGAGACUUCCACUGCGGUAGAGUCUGCACACCAUUUGUUGUUGAUGAAGAUACAUACCCCUCCCCCCUCUGGAUUUCCCUGAAUCCAAUGUCCUUUCCACUCGGUGAAUGGAGAAUCCAUUGAGUUGGAUAACCAUGGAGGGUAUCUUGUCCGAAAGCCAUGUUUCAGAAAAACAGAGAAUAUUGCAGUUAAGAGAGUCCCGUUGAUAGCAAAUCUGCGAUCGGAGGUCUUCCAUCUUAUUAUCAAGUGACUGGCCAAUAGAAUGGAGGGAAGUGGUGGACGCUUUUUCCCUUAGCCUUAGUCUCACCAAGAGUCCCUCUCUCCGGCCUCUUUUUUUGCCAGUGUUUCGUCUUGGGUAGCCCAAAAUUUGGUCAGAGCCUGGUAAACAAAAAGCCCAGGGUAGAUGAGUCAAAGUCUAAAUUUAAGCAGGAAUUGAGGUUAGUAACUGCCGAUCUAAUGUUCAAAAGUUCUUGUCGAUCAUAAGAAAUUCUAGUGGAUACAUUUAGUGCAAAUUUUUUUAUGAUUAACGGCCAAAAUAAUCACAAAAUAGCAAAGUUGGGUCGGAGUUCACAAGACGGAACCAUACAGUACGGCGUCAUCUUUAGAAGUUCUGGUCUUCUUACAUUUAUGUUCUUACCUGUUGUGGCUUUUAGGAACCUACAGCACCAGUAUGUGUCAAUAAUAAUAAAACCUUUUUUUUUAAACAUGGAUAGUGGUCGGUCUGCUUGACCAUGCUAGAUAAUGACUGUCCUCUCCCUUCAUCUCAUCUCCCCCUCUAGUGAAGCCCCACCCUCCCUCGGGCCUUGAGGCAGUGAGCAUGCCUAGUGGAGUCCUGAGGCUGGCAUGGGUGCCCCCAGAACUGCCCCACUACGAUAUGCAGUACCAGGUUCGCUAUGCCCUCGCCACUGACAGGGCCCAUCCAUUCUGGCAGGUACGUAAAACUCUGGCCAUAGGGCUCUGGUCCAAAGUAAUGCACUAUGUAGGGGAUAGGGAGAGUGUCAUUUCAGAUGCAGCCUUGAGCUUCUCCAGAGUGGCAGGGAGGGAGCAAUGGGUGCAAUCGCCUGGCAUCAUGAGCAUCACUUGGUCGGACUAAAUGAGUCUUAUUUCCUAUCUACUGUAUCCCCUAUCUCUGAUCUGGUAGUGGCAUUCUUGCUGGUAGUGGUAAACUCUAACAUGUGGUGGCAGACUGGCAGGCAAAUAGGGAGAAGCGGGGACAACCACACAGAGACUGAAGCUGUGUCUGAAAUGGCACCCUAUUUCUUUCACACACUUUUUACCAGAGCCCUACACUGCAGAAAGUGACAUCUAAGCAAGUCUAAAUAUCUGCCAAUAACAGCUAGUUUUCAGUUGUAGGAAUAGGCCUACCUCAUUUAAGAAAAUGUGCCCACUUUUGCUGGGCACAAGUAUUUUGGAAAGUUUUCUGCCAUUUAAAAUGCUCCUUCGCUUGCUCGGUCACAUAACAUUCAUAUCUAUUAAGACAUCUAUUUCCCUAACAUUCUUUUGCUUUUGAGUUGAUGGAUGUUUAUGCCGGAUAUCUAAGUUCAUUCACUGGAAAAUAUAUUUUAGGAAAGGAUAGGAUAGCCUUUAAUGUCCCUGAGGGGAAAAUGUUUCAAUUAUCAUGGGAUAUGUGAUUUAACAUGUGAUUUUGAAUUGGGAUGUAUACUGCAGGUCCUGGCUCCUCGGGCAGAGUCGUGGGCUGAGGUCCCUGAACCAGAUGUAUGUAGGGUGUACAAUGUGCAGGUCCGCUGUAUGCAUAUCAACAGCUCUGGGACCUGGAGUGACUGGAGCCACUCUCUAUACACUACCCCUCACAACAGCAGAGGUAUGUACAGUAUGUCUUCAUCUCAUCUAUGUCAUUGAACCUGCAUUAAUACAAGUUAGUCUCAUUGAGAUAAAAAAUCUAUUUUGCAAGAUAGACAUGUAUUGUACAUACAAGUUUUGACAACAUUGACAAAACGCAUCAGCAAUAAACUUUUGAAAGGAAUUAAGCUGCCGCCCUGAAACUUAUCUUAUAAUUGCGCCAGCACACCACAACUAUCAAGUCUGACCUACUGUGUACAUACAGUACAUUAACACUCACAACCACAAUGGAUGGGUCAUUUCAAACCCUUCAUUAUCCAUGGUUUGUUGUGUGGUAAAAGCUAUUUCUGACCCUGAUCUAAAAGUUACCUUGCAUGGUGUCUGGCUAUCAGAAUGUCUGUUAUUGAGUGCUACAGCCAGCAAUUUAAUAUGACUUUCUCUGAUGUUAGUUCUGAUAGAAAAUGAAAGCCUCAGACAUAGGUACAUAGACACACACACAAGCAUGCAUGCUAGCAUGCACACACACACACACACACACACACACACACACACACACACACACACACACACACACACACACACACACACACACACACAGAGCUGUAAUAUCUAUGUUCUGUUCUUUCAGCUCCUGACCAGGGUCCUGAUUUCUGGCGAGUGUUUCAGGAGGAUCCAGCAAGGAACCAGACUAACGUCACUCUUCUCUUCAAGGUACAGUCCAUAGCCUACAGAGAACACAUUAAAUAUCGCACAGCAUGUGGUUUAAAUGUCAACAUCAGAGAGAGUUACAUUAAUUGAAGAGGUGUAUGAAGUUGCCUCCUCUCCUUUUUACUACAUCAUUGUUCUUAGUUUAGUCUGGAAAACCUAUUCAGUUUGCUUCCCCAACACCUAUCUCGUUUUGUCAGAUCUGAUAGUAUAAGGAAGAAGCACAUUGGAUAAUGAAUCCUCAUUAGAGUCUUUGAUAGUCUCUAAACUCUUCCCAAUAGCAUUUCCCCAUAGUGGAGCCAACCUACUGUGUGGAGGGCCUUGUAGUACAACACCAGGCCUCUGGGGGCAUUGUGACUGAGGAGCAGAUAGGCCUGGUGUCCUCCUACCGCUUUGCGUGGCGAGAGGAGGUCCACUCUGUGACGGUCAAGGCUCAGAACAGCCAGGGAUACUCCACUAGGAACAUCAACAUGACCCUGGAGAGACACCCCAAACGUAAGGGAAUGUAUUUGUAUGGGGUUGAAUAAUUGUUAUACCCAAUACAGAGAUUACUAGCAGUCAAUUAAGAGUUAGUAGUUAGAAACAGAUAUCUGAAAAUACAAUUUUCUUUGAAAAGCUUUAAGAAUUGGUUGUUUGUUUUCACAUUUAUGUUUAUUUUUUAUUAGUUGGUGUUCUUGGUUCAUGUCAUAGAAGUCAGUUGAAAUGCUAGGUGUGCUGCUAUUACAGUCACCAGGGAGAGAAAAUAGGCAUGUUGAUGUCAGUUAAAAGCCUGAGAGUGGACUAAAAGCCAUUAUCUCUGGCUUGGGAUGUUCUCUUCCGAGGCCUAAUAGCUGUUUUACUGGACUUGGAAUUGAUUGUAAAAUGGACCUCUUCUCGGCACAGGUCUCUGUGUCACACCGGGAUGUUUGUGUUAUUUGUGUGUGUGUGUUCACCUGUUAUUCAUAUUUUCAUUAAUAGCUAAUUGGUUGAGAGGAAACCAUUAACUGUGAUACAGGUAGUGUUGGUACUAUUAGUUUUCAUAUUGAAAAAAAACUACUGGUCGUGGAUGGGCCCAAAAUAAAAAGCUGCUGUUCAGUUUAUUUUAUAGUCAAGGACAGGAGGGGAACACUCUUUGUUGUGCUAAUUCUCACGCAUGUCAGAAGUACGAGAAAACAUAGCAGAAAAAGAGUAACAGAAAAUGUUAGUCACUGACAGAAAAUAUAAACAUUUUAUUUUAUUUCUCUCUCUAUCACUCUCUCCCCCCUUUCCCUCUCUCCCUCCCUUCCUCCCUCUCUCCAGGCCAGUGUGUGCGUUCGUUCUGUGUGUCCCGUGUGAAUAGUAGCUGUGUAGUCCUGUCGUGGUCUCUGCAGCCCAACAGCAGUGUACCGUGGUCCCUGGUCGUAGAGUGGUCGGGUCAGAACCACCAGGACAGACAGGGUCAGACCACAGAGGGCAGGGAGAUGUGGACCAGGGUCCCCCCUACUGACCAGGUCCUCUACCUACAUGGUACGUUCUCAUGUGUCUCUUUCUCUGGCUCUCUCUCUUUCACUCUCACUCUCUGUUUAAACCUCUUUCUGUUGUCAAUCUUUCUGAUUACUAAAUUGUUCUAGAAUGACCUAAAUAAACCUACAAAACCACUGCAGAACAAUUGAUCUUGUCAAAUUUUGAUGAAUAUUUCAGUCCACUUUGAGUUCCAGUUUGAGAGAUUGUUGGCUGUGAAUAUCUGGCGCUCUCUAGUGACAGUACAUAUGAAUGUUUCAGUCUGAUUGACUAAUCUGAGCUUCUCUGUUCUCUGUUCUCUGCCUUUAUUUUCCAGGUGAUUUCUAUGGCUCUGAGGAGUAUGUGUUCACCUUGUGUCCAGUGUUUGCAGAUGGAGAAGGAGAGCCAGUGUAUACUAAAGGUAAGCUCUACUUUAUCGCCAGGGAUGAAUACAACCAAUAUCUCUGUAAACAACAGUAUGUGACAUAAGGAUGUUAUAUGUUUUUAAUAAGUGUACUGUACAUUGCAGCACAUUGAUUGAUUUAAAAAAUUUAAAUUUUAGUCAUUUAGCAGACGCUCUUAUCCAGAGCGACUUACAGUUAGUGAGUGCAUACAUUUUGAUACUGGUUGAUAGCUUUACCCUUACCAUGGUGUUGUCCUGUCCUCCAGUCUUUAGGGGGGCCAACGCUGGGCCUGCAGCCUACAUGCUCCUGAUGAUCAUCGCCUUCCUCGCCAUCGUCCUCUUCGUCACCCUGGUCAUAUCCCAAAACCAGUAAGAUUAUAUCUCAUAAUUGAGUGAGAGGGGAAAGGGAGAGAUAGGGUAGAUGAGAGAGAGGUUUUGGAUUGCAGACUGAGAGGCUCCCUUCCUUGUUGUUAACUCCUAUUCUGUCUGAUUCCCAGCAUGAAGAACAUGUGGAAGGAUGUUCCCAACCCCAGCAACUGUUCCUGGGCCCAGGGGAUGGACUUCAGGAAGGUGAGAUGGACAACAAACCUGUUUACUCAGGAACAUACUCUGAAAUAUAAUCAAACUAUCUCUAAACAGCAGAGACCAUAGGAACUCAACAUACUGUUAUGAAAAACACACCACUAUUUACCAGAACACACUCUAUAUACAGAUGUAGGAUCUUAAUUUGAGCUUGUUGGAUACAACAGGAAAAUAAUACUGCAGCAACAGGAAAUGUUAUGUGAAUUAUAAUUAUUGGAGACUUUUGUAGGGGUUGAUACAUUUUUUUGUAAGGGAAAAUCAAGUCUGAAAUGUCAAAGUGGAAAUUACAAACUUCAGAAGCCUUUUUGAAGUUAUCUUGCAACAGGCUGAUCCAAUUAAGAUCCUACACCUGUAGGGCAGCUAUUUAGAUCAACUAUUCUAUAAACUGUACAUGAACUCUAUAACUUACUUAAAGCAGUUGGCAGGCCAGUUUACCUUGCUAUGGUCCUAACUCUGCUGUGCUGUGGUCCUGUCCAGGCUGAGACUAUGGAGCAGUUGUUCCGCCAACCAGAGGGCCUGCCAGACUGGCCACCACUCUUCAUCUCAGAGACUAUCUCCCAGGUCACCAUUGUAGAGAAGACUGGUCCCCCAGCCCCAGACAAGGACAGCAUCCUGAUCCCAGCCUCCGCCCCAUCCCUCUUGGACUCAGAGGUGCCUGAGGUCCCAGAGGAGGAGGAGACCCCCCAGCCCCCAGAGCUCCCCAGGAGUGUGGAGAGCUCAGCCCAGUCGUCAGUGACCUAUGCUAUGGUCCUGCUCUCAGACGACCCACGCCGGCUCUACAAGCAGGACGGCAGCCACAGCCGCUCCAGCGACGAGGGCAACUUCUCCGCCAACAACUCUGACAUCUCCGGCUCCUUCCCCGGGGGCCUGUGGGAGUUGGAGAAUUCCUAUUCCCGAGCCGGAGAGUUGGACCUGGACCCAUAUCGUUCAUGCUUCUACAAAUAUGUGGAGGAGUUUUCUGAGACGUCGGAACAGGAGGAUGAGGCCCUGGGUGGAGAGAGGGAUGGGGGGAUGGAGGGGAUGGAGGAGAAGGACCUGUAUUACCUGGGAAUGGGCUGUCAGGAGGAGAGUGAGGAAGAGGAGGAGGAGGAAGAGAGGGAAGAAAACACAGGGGCUAUGCUGCUCAAAGAGGUGGUGGUUCUGCAGAGAGAGGGCUCAUCCAUUGAGUCCAACCCUCUACUUGGGUGUCGGGACUCUAUGUUUAGUGAGUCCAGUGAUGAGGGGGCAGUGGUAGGGAUAGGGAUGAGGUCUGUCCCCCUCUACCUUCCCCAGUUCAGAACUGCUCCCUCCAGGCCACUCAAAGCACAGGACAGCACCCCCAAGCUG